AUGGAUUCCAAAACUGGUUCAGAUGGAAAUUUUAUGCAAGGAAGAAAUAUUCGAUUUUUACUGAUAUUUCCGGAAUAUUCCAGAAAAGUGCCACUCUGCUCAUGGACUGCACCCCAGGUGUCCCACUCUGCACUGGCUGGUCUUGACCUUGAAAGCAAAGCCAAGUUGCCAACUUGCCUUGCUCCUGCUUCUCUCUGCCUUCCUCCGCCGGUCAACCGCUGGCACCAAGGUCUCUCUCUCUUCCGUCGUCGCAUCUCUCCGCCUUCCUCCGCCGAUCAACCGCCGGCGCCAAGGUCUCUCUCUUUCGUCGUCAUCUCUCUGCCUUCCUCCCCGGUCAACCGCCGGCGCCAAGGCCUCUCUCUUUCGUCGUCGCAUCUUUGCUUCCUCCGCCGGUCAACCGCCGGUGACGACCUCUUCGGUUGCGCCAGCCCACCAUAUCCGGCGUCCUCCACCAUAUCCCAGAGAAGAGGAGAAGAACUGAGAGAAAUCAGCUGGGUUCGAAUUCUGAGCGGGGAGUUAAAGUGAUAGGUAGCUACAUUAUCACUUGGAAUCCCCAGUUAUGUUAUGAACCGAAGCUUCCGUAAACCAGAGCUCCUUCUUGUAUACUAAUACCCGUUACUCUCGUCAGACUGUGUUUCCCACCUUAAGUUCUCAGUUUCAUCUUCGCCACCCAGAGAGAGACAGUCAGAGUCGGAAAUGGGUUAGAAAUUUUGGAGCCAAAUACUUGCAUUAGAGGAUGCUGCCACAGCAACUCCAUUCCUCUCCAUCUUCCACCUUCCUCUUACACUAUCCUCAAACCUAUUGCUCGAGGGGCAGAGUGUUGUAUAUGAAGCAAUUUUGGAUGGCAAGAAAGUUGCUGUAAAGAAACCCAUCUUGUCUACUUCUGAAGACAUUGAUAAGUUCCACAAAGAGUUGCAAUUUGUUAUGUAAAUUGCAUCAUCCCGGAUUGGCAAAGCUGGCAAAGAUUUGUAGUGUCAUUUUGGGAAAAACUUGGGAGUAGUGAUAAAUUAGCUGUUGGGAAAAUUGGCUUCUUUUGUAUAGCUGAUAGGGUUAAUUUGUUCAAUAUAUUGCAGCAGGGACAAAUUUACAGAUUUUGUAUAGUAGCUAUGACAACAUUUUGUUCAAUCUAGUGCAGCAGGUGAAAAUGGUAAAUUUG